AUGUACAAAUACUAUUAUACGCCUCACGAGAAUAGUCUUGGCGAUGCUCAUAACAAUAGUUCUGGCAUGCGUCCUCAUGACGAACAAGUAUUAACAGUAGAAGAGGAUGAAAAUUACUUUAGCGUGCAUCAAAAAUACAUCAAGAUAACACCUAGCCGAAACCAUAGCUAUCGCCCUAUGGCUAACUCUGCUACAGCACCUAUGAGUUUCAUGGGUCACUCUUCCUUUUCAGCCUUAUCCACAUCACUGCCUACGGUCUAUUACUCCUCGCCUUCCCCUAUGCCCUCCUCUUGCCCAUCAAAUCUAUCACUUCAGCAUCUUUAUGAUGAUAUAUUGAGCUUUACCAGUGACAGCCAUUACGAUUUGGACUUUACUCACACGGAUGCAUCAGUGACGGAUGAUCCAAUGAAUGAUCCAUACUUUAUGGCUUUCUUGUCCUCGUUACCGUCAAGCAACGACGAGACUACCGUACCUCCGACGACGACGGCGACGACCACAACGCCGACGACAACGCCGCAUUCUACCGCUAACACGACUCAGAUGAUGGCCAUGAGCCCAACCUCUUUACAGCAGCCAGCAGCCGUGACACAACAAACGAUGCUUCUCCUUCCUCAUCUUGAGCAAAAACAGAACCAAGAGGAUCAGGCAAUGCAUAGCUCUGAGGAACAACAGCCGAAAUCAACGAAUAGUUUGAGCAGAAAGAAGAAAAAACCAAUGAAACGCAAACCGGCCCAUCACCAUAGCUCAGACGUUUCGACAAGCACUACGAAUGCAACGACCAAGCGUCAGGAUAAGACGACGACGACGACGACAAAGAGUCAUCACCAUCACCCUAGCCAUUCUAGUAAUAAGCUAGGGCAAUGUGAGCAUCCAAAACACGUCCUUUACCGACAAGAAAAACAUACAUUUGCAACGAAUCGAACCGAUUCUAUGAUACUAAAAACGAUACCCAGAAGAGGCCGACCGCCGAAAGGAGCUAAACUCAUGUCUGAGUUGCUGUUGACCACAAGUCCCAUGGAUAGCAGUGGCAGUGGGGGUGGCGAUGGCGACUCCCCUACGUUGCCAUCUUCGUUGCCCAACCAUGGUACGGGCAUCAUCUACCACAAUUAUUACCAUUAUCCGAUUGUCGAACUCACGGUUCGGCCCUUGCCAAAAAGAUUAGAAGCUGUGGUCGGCAAAUCCAACAUUAAAGUAUGCCUCACUUGUCUAAAACGUUCUGAUAUGGAUCCUGAUUAUUUAAAGAGUUCACUUUAUGUGGGGCCUCAACAACAACAUCAUCAUCAUCAUCAGCAACAUCACUAUGGCAGUGGCUUCAAUAGAAAGAAGAGAACGAAAACCACGUGA